AUGGCGGGCUUGGGACAUACAUGGCCUAACAGUCAGGAUGACUAUGAGCUGCUGGAGGUGAUCGGUGUGGGAGCGACGGCCGUCGUGCACGCCGCCUACUGCCAGCCCCGCGCAGAGAAGUGUGCUAUCAAACGGAUCAACCUCGAGAAGUGGAACACAUCCAUGGAUGAGCUCCUCAAGGAGAUACAAGCUAUGUCAAGCUGCAACCACGAGAACGUCGUCACCUAUUAUACAAGCUUUGUGGUUAAAGAGGAGCUAUGGCUCGUGCUCCGUCUCCUCGAGGGAGGCAGCCUGUUGGAUAUCAUCAAGCACAAGAUGAGAAUUUCCAAUUGCAAGCAUGGCGUUUUCGACGAGGCCACCAUCGCUACCGUUUUGAAGGAAGUCUUAAAGGGGCUCGAAUACUUCCAUCAGAAUGGACAAAUACAUAGAGAUAUCAAAGCGGGCAACAUCCUUCUCGGCGACGAAGGGACAGUUCAGAUCGCCGAUUUCGGUGUGUCCGCGUGGCUGGCGACCGGCAGGGACCUGUCGCGGCAGAAGGUGCGGCACACGUUCGUCGGCACCCCCUGCUGGAUGGCGCCCGAAGUCAUGGAGCAAAACCACGGCUACGAUUUCAAAGCAGACAUCUGGUCGUUCGGCAUCACCGCCAUAGAAAUGGCGACCGGCACCGCGCCCUACCACAAGUACCCGCCGAUGAAAGUGUUGAUGCUGACGCUGCAAAACGACCCGCCCACCCUGGACACCGGCGCCGAGGAGAAGGACCAGUACAAGGCGUACGGGAAAACUUUUAGGAAAAUGAUAUCCGAGUGCCUCCAGAAGGACCCGACCAAGAGGCCCUCCGCCACGGAACUGCUCAAGCACUCGUUCUUCAAGAAGGCCAAAGACCGGAAGUACCUCGUGCAGACGCUGGUGUCGAUCGGGCCGAGCAUGGAGACGCGCGUGCACAAGGCGAGCAAGCGGCAGCCGGGCGCGUCCGGCCGGCUGCACCGCAUGGAGACCGGCGAGUGGGUGUGGGAGAGCGAGGAGGAGGACGACGACGAGGAGGGCGACGGCGGCCGCGACCGCCCCAUGAACCAGCUGCCGCGCGCUGACUCCUCCGACAGCGAUAGCGAGGGAGAGCCGGCCGAUGGCGCCGGCUUCACCAUCGGCUCGCUGACGGCCGGCGAGGCGCCGCAGAUCGACCUCGUGCUGCGUAUGCGCAACGCAAACAAGGAACUGAACGACAUCCGGUUCGAGUUCGCUCCGGGCAAAGACUCGGCGGACGGCAUCGCCACAGAGCUGGUGGGUGCGGGGCUGGUGGCGGCAUGUGACGCGGCGGCCAUCGCGGCGCAGCUGCAGCGCCUCGUCGACCUGAACCUGUUCCCGGCUCCUGCUGGAGGCGCGCCGCCGCGCUCGCUCACGUUCCGACUCGACUCCGCAGACCCGGCGGAUGUACUGGACGAGAAGGGCCUGGUCGGCUACGCGCAGAUAUCUAUAGUGGACUGAGCUCGCCGCCGCCCGUCUGGACAAUAAUCCUCUCUUAGGUACUAAUGACUUGAUCGUUCUAGCGCUAAACUAUUUUAUGCUGUAACUUAAGUAACUAGAUAUUUUAUAUGGGUGGAUAUGGAAUACAUUUAUCAUUCAAAGCUCAAAUGAUUGUAUUAAGUGAUACAAAGGUGAAUCUGAAUUUAUAAGAUUUUUUUUUAAAUUAAAUAUUGUGUUUAUUUACUGCUCUGUAUCUUAAAAAACACUGUAACUGAUUAUAUUAUUAUAAUAAUGAAUUUAUUUAACUUCAAUGAAUUUAUUCAAGUGAUCGAAUUUUCCUCAAUACGAUACGAUGUUGGCGUGCUUGAGAUUCAAUGACAUUAUGUUGACAUGUGACACCAAAGUAUGGGAACGUCUGAUGGCGGCCAUAGAGAACACCUCAUCCGGUAGAGCUCUGAGAGUGCCAUAACUAAUGAUACUGACAUUGCAGGAGAUGGAUCCAUUGUGCUGUUUGUUUAUUCUGUGAUGAGUGUAUAAAUAUGAUAUGAUCAUAGUUAAUACGAAGCUUUCGCGAACGCUUUUCAUCAGAUCAUUACAGUGUUUGAAUAAAUGUAUCAGAUGUAUGUAGCACCACAUAUGUUCUUUUUAUGUUGUUAUUUGUUUGUUGCUUAUUUUAAAAUUAUUCUUAAUAUAAUAAAAUGCGAAU